AUGAAGAGGAAAAUAAUGAACAACAGAAAAAAAAUUAAAGUGAUGAAGACUGUGGAGGAUGAAGAAGAAGAGGAGAGAGAGAGGAGGAAGAAGAUGAUAGUGUGGAAGGGGAGGUUGAGGAAGAGGUCAAUAAAGGCCAAAGAGAGGGAAGAAGAGAUUGAGGAAGAAGAGGAAGAAGUGGAGGAGGAGGAACAGAAAGAAGGUCAGGAAGAGGAAGAAGAAAGCUCUGGAUACUGGCUAUACACUGAUGAUGAAGAUGUGCAAUACACAGGCAUGCCAUGGUGUGCCCCAGUGAAGGUCAAACACGGUUACAUCAGCUGCCAGUCACCACAUGGGGAACAUUAUAAGAAUGUCCUGGGAACUCGGUGUAAGAUCCGCUGUAAGACCAGCUACGAGAUGCACGGCAGCAGUGAGAACCUCUGUAUGGCCAGCAAGCUGUGGUCAGGAAAUUAUGCCUGCAGAGGUCUGACUUUGCCAUUCACACAACCCAGUUAGAAAAUAAUAUUACCUUUGGAUGCAAAAAAAGGAGGAUUAAUGCAUAAUCAGUUCUUGAUUUUAUUGCAAUGUAACAUACAAGUAGGAGUUAAAUGCUCAAACAAACAGAGCAAUGUUUUGAUAGUGACGUAGAGUCUGUGUUUACACUUUUUAGGAAAUCACCCUACAAAUGGUGUACUUAUACUUGCCUCUGUAUAUUCAUCUGAGAUAGAAGAUUAAGUAAUUAAUUUGGAAAAAAUUAAAAGGAUUGUUUACCCAAAAAUGAAAAAUCUAUCUUAAUUUACUCACUUUCAUGCCACCCCAGAUGUGUAUGACUUUCUUUCUUCUGCUGAACAAAAACAAAGAUUUGAAGAAUAUCUCA